UAAAAGGAAAAAAAAAAAAAAGACUCGUCAUACUCAUAAUAUCUCAAACUUGGAAGCAAACGGACAAGGGCGCUGUGCUGUAGCGCAGCGACCAUGGCAAUCGAUCCAAUUGAAGCAUUCUCGCCUCCCUCUCACUCAUCUUCCCAUUUCAGUCAACAGCGCCACUUCUAUGUUGCCGUUGAUAGGCUCCAGUUUAAGAUGGUCCCCUUCUCUCAAUCUAUGCUCGAAACCUUAGUGGGCUUGUUGGACGUGGCCGGUCGCCGUCCGUCGUUGCCGAUGAUUGUGUGUUGUAGUUCUCGUGACGAACUCGAUUCUGUCUGCUCCGCCGUCUCCAACCUCCAAUACAUCUCAUUGGCCUCUUUGUACAGUGACCUUGCCGAAGCAGACCGUGCACUGAUUUUAGAGAAAUUUCGGCAAACAACAUCAAGGUGGAGCCAAAAGUUCAGUUCUCUAUCAGAAGAAAAAUGUGAGGGUGAGAAAGUUGGAGAAAAAUCUCACAUGAUUGUAGUAACAGACGCCUGCCUUCCACUUCUUGCUUCUGGGGAGUCGCCUCUUUCUGCCCAUGUUUUGAUAAAUUAUGAGAUACCAACAAAGAAGGAAAUAUAUAUGAGGCGCAUGACUACCUGCUCGGCCUCAGAUGGGAUCUUGAUCAACAUGGUUGUUGGAGGAGAAGUGGUAACUCUCAAAAGCAUUGAAGAAAAUAGUGGCCUUGUUAUUGCUGAGAUGCCCAUUAAUGUAAGUAUAUUACUACUUGCUUUCAUCUCCAUGUCUUUGAUGGAUAUAAAUUUUUGCUUAGGUAAUCAUUCUCAGAUAAUUAUUCUGAUAUUAAUUGGUCUUUUUCCUACAAAACAAAAAAGUCGAACUGAAGUUGGAAAGUUUGCAGAUUUCUGAAAUUUUGUAAGGAUGUCGGCUACAAUGGAACAUCUAAGGACAACACAGAAGGUUUGAUUAGAAGGUGUUUUACCCCUACCAACUGAUCAUUGUCAAUGAUAACUUAUGUUGGUUGAUCUGUACUUGAGAGAAUUUUCCAGUCUAUUGAACAGGGGGCUAUUUAUCGAGAGAAUGGAAUGCUGAGAUAAUUUGGUGUUCAAA